AUGAUGGUGGUUUCCGAUGAGGUUCCUUCAGGGUUGGAGUCGACUGCGCUGGCGCCGGAGGGGUUUUGGGCGGCUGAUUCGGAUCCUGUGAUUUCCGUGGUGCUGGAGGAGUCUGAUGACCCGGACGAGCCUGAGGACGCCGAUGAGCCUGAGGACGCCGACGAGCCUGAGGAACCUGAGGAGCCUGAGGACGCCGACGAGCCUGAGGAACCUGAGGAGCCUGAGGACGCCGACGAGCCUGAGGAACCUGAGAAACCUGAGGACGCCGACGAGCCUGAGGACGCCGACGAGCCUGAGGGCGCCGACGAGCCUGAGGAACCUAACGAGCCUGAGGAGCCAGACGAGCCUGAGGAGCCAGACGAGCCUGAGGAGCCAGACGAGCCUGAGGAGCCAGACGAGCCUGAGGAGCCAGACGAGCCUGAGGAACCUGACGAGCCUGAGGAACCUAACGAGCCUGAGGAACCUGAGGCACCUGAGGCACCUUCAGAUCCACCCGAUCCCUCAGCCCCAGAACCAGAGUCAUCUCCGCUAUCCCCCGAUCCCUUGGACGCAGAAACCUCCCCAGAGGCAGCAGUCGCCGUAGACGCCACGCCGCCGCCCACCACAGCCGAGGGCGUAAUCCCCGAACCAGCCACAGUGACCGUAACAGUAGUCGGGACGAGCCACGUCUCGGUGGAAACGAAAGUGGACAUGUCGGAGGGGCCACAGCCAGGAGAAUCCCGGGGACAAGCCGUAACGGUAGCGAUGCGGGUGGUCAGGACAGACGCAGUGGAGAGGGAGUAA